CUGAGCAGUAAGAGGCCCUCCUCUGACCUGCCUUAGCAGGGCUUUGCUUCCCAGCUGGGAGAGAUGAUUCUAGCCUGCAGACGUUUGACAAGGGCUUUGCGCCUGGACACCUCCUCUUCUGGGAUCCCCAAGAUGUGCCCUUCCCUGAACCGUGCUUGGUGGACAUCUGUAACCAAGCUCAGUCUUCAUACAAAGCCCAGAAUGCCUCCAUGUGACUUCACACCUGAACAAUACCAGUCCCUUGCCUAUAACCGUGUCCUGGAGAUCCACAAGCAACAUCUGUCCCCUAAGCUGGAGGCGUAUUUUCCGAAGCCUUUGUUGCUGCACCAGGGUCACAUGCAGUGGCUAUUUGAUUACGAAGGAAACAGAUACCUGGAUUUCUUUUCUGGGAUUGUCACUGUCAGUGUUGGUCACUGCCACCCGAAGGUUAACGCAGCUGCACAAAAGCAGCUUGGCCACCUGUGGCACACAAGUGCCUUCUUCUUCCACCCUCCAAUCCAUGAGUACGUAGAGAAGCUUGCAGUGCUUCUCCCUGAACCUCUAAAGGUCAUUUUCUUGGUGAACAGUGGCUCAGAAGCCAAUGACCUAGCCAUGAAGAUGGCCAGAGCGCAUUCAAAUAACACAGAUAUCAUUUCUUUCAGAGGAGCUUACCACGGAUGCAGUCCGUACACACUUGGCCUGACAAACAUAGGGCACUUGAAGAUGGAUCUCGCCAGUGGGAUUGGCUGCCAAUCAACAAUGUGCCCAGAUGUUUUCCGUGGCCCUUGGGGAGGAGACCGCUGCCGAGAUUCUCCAGUGCAAACAAUUAGGAAAUGUGGCUGCGCACCAGACUGCUGCCAAGCAAAAGUUCAGUAUAUUGAACAGUUCAAAGAUACUCUGAUCACUUCUGUGGCCAAAUCAAUUGCUGGAUUUUUCGCAGAGCCAAUUCAAGGGGUGAAUGGAUUUGUUCAGUACCCAAAGGGGUUUCUAAAGGAAGCCUUUGAGCUGGUGCGAGAGAAGGGAGGAGUGUGCAUUGUGGACGAAGUGCAGACAGGAUUCGGAAGGUUGGGCUCUCAUUUCUGGGGCUUCCAAACCCAUGGAGUCCUGCCGGACAUUGUCACCAUGGCUAAAGGGAUUGGGAAUGGCUUUCCCAUGGCAGCAGUCGUGACAACUCCAGAGAUUGCCAAAUCUUUCACUAAACGCCUAUUUCACUUCAACACUUUUGGAGGAGGCCCCAUGGCCUGUGCCAUUGGAUCAGCCGUGCUUGAGGUGAUUAAAGAAGAAAAUCUACAGGAAAACAGUCAAGAAGUUGGCACCUAUAUGUUACUGAAGUUUGCUAAGCUGCGGGAUGAAUUUGAAAUAAUCGGAGAUGUCCGAGGCAAAGGCCUCAUGAUAGGAAUAGAAAUGGUGAAGGAUAAGACGAGCCGUCAGCCUCUGCCCUGUGAGGAAGUAAAUCAAAUCCACGAGGACUGCAGACACAUGGGGCUUCUAGUUGGCAGAGGUGGCAUUUUUUCUCAGGCCAUGGGGGAGUUGACAGGAAGUAGAAGAUGCAGGAGAACACCGAGAUGUUUCCUGGAGUGAAGGGGAUGGAAGGAUCAAGGGCCAAGGUCAUGGCUGGAAACUUGGAGUUAAUCAGUAGAGACAUUUUUUUCUCUUAACCUUCAGGUAAGAAUGAAAGAACAAAUGUGGGAGCAAAGAAGUUUAUAGAAAGAUCUUGCCUGACAGCUUCUGAGAAGCAUGAGGCAAGAUUAUCUAGGAAACAGAGUGAGAGGCAAAGGAGCUGAGCGAGGAAAUUGAGAAGAAUGAUAAAGGUUUAGAAUGGAAAAGGAAGCUAACAGAAGCCAAGAGAAAUUAGGGGGCCAGCACAAGUUAGAGACCCUGAGUAUCUAGUGGUGACAGUCUGCCCAGCAGUGCGAUCUUCCCUAACACUACUCAGCCAUUCACAUUGGAGCAAAGCAGUUCAAUUACAGCUUGAAGGAGGCUGGGACUUUGCCAUGUGCAUGCAGCAGCAUAAGGGUGGAAAUGCAAGCAAAGGAAGGGGCGAGUGAGAGAGUAGUUCAGACUAGCAGCCACGUGCUCCUAGAUGGGUAGGAAAGGAAGGAAGAGGUCUGAGCAGGGAGGUAGACCUGGAGAUAAUGGAGGAAUGAGGAAACUGAAGUUUUCAUGCAAAGGGCAGAUGUACUGGGGAUCAGAAAUUGAAUUACUCCUAGUGAAGAAACUCAUGGCUAUGGCCGUGGGUGUAAAUGUAUGCAGAGGAGUGGAGAUGAAGGUUCUGGAAGUUGUGGCAAUCAAGAAACUGCAAAAGCUAGUUGGUUGGGUUGUACGCACGGACAGAAGGGUCACCCUCAGUGAUGGCAGAAAUGGAGUGUAGUUAAGUGCCUAAGAUGUCCGUGAAGGUGGUGGAAGGACAAGGAAGGCAGCAGAUGACAAUAAGGAAAUGGGGCAGAGCCAAAUAGUACCUGAAUUCCUACAAGACUGGAGCAUGAACGGCCUGGAUACAGCAGUGGAGUAUUCAGUACUCUUUCCUGCAGAAGGAGACCAAUCCUUGAGUAAAAUAUAAGAAAUGUCAUAAAAACAUGGCUUUGGAUUCUUAGUUUAGUGGAUUUCCUCUAAGUCAUAUUUGAUUCUGUGAUCAUC